UAGAUUCGACGACUAACGCGUGUCGAAUUCAAAUAACAACAAUAAAUAAAGUUUUUAAUAAAGCAAUGUGCAAAAUUUACGAUAAGUGGUUAACAACAAUAUCUCAAUGAAACUGCAAGUCAUAAAGAACGGUUUGUACUAAAAAUUCAAUUCAGUUAAGCCGUUUCAACGACGAGUGUUUAAAUAUUACGGAGUUAUUUUUGCACACGUUACUGGCAGUCACUCUCUAGAGUUAUACACAUCCAGUGCCGUCAAUUAAAAUGGCCAAUCAGAGUGCGGAAAAUAUAAAUUUGACCCAAUUGGAAGCAAUGGAAGCAAUAGUAGUAUUGCAAGUGUUCAAGACGCCAUGGCUGUUGGGGAUUGCAGUGUCUGCGGCUUGUUUGAUAUUGCAGCUGCUCGUGUUGAUUCUGAUUCCAAAUGCAAGGAAAUACGACGAAAAAGUGUUAGUGCAACUAACUAUUGCGAGGAUCGUGAAUACAGUGUGCGAAUUUCUGAUAUCAUUCGAGAAUUUGGAACAAGGAUUAUUCAACGAUGUGGUAUACGGAUUGUACUUUCAGUCGGAUUUCGCUCUAGUUUCCUGGAUGUUUAUUUUCACGAAGAAUUUAUAUGACAAAGUGGUUUUGGUGUUUGUUUACGAGAAAAUAAGAUUACGUAUUGUUUCAUGUUUAGUAUGGUUCCUGACAUUGCCUGUCGGAGUUUUGUGUCCAGUCUUGUUAACAUAUUACAAAGAAUACUGGAAUGUUUUCUACAAAUCUUAUUCUCAGGUUAAGUUUUUUAUGUUGCUUUUGAACGCAUUGAUUUUUGUAGAGAUAUUUCAUGUGGCGUGUAAAAUAGGUGUUGAUAGAACGAAAAACGUUAAGCAUUUGGUAAAGACUUCCGUGAUAGCUUUUAUAUUAGUGUGCAUUACUAGUGCACAAGUUUUAAUAACAGAUUUACUUUCCUAUUUCAUAGUUGGUCAUGAGGAUAUAAUUUAUACAUUUUGUGUUGUAAAUUCAUUUCAAACGUUCGCUAUAACCAUCAUAUUUAUUAUUUUAGCUGGAAAGAAACUUAAAACGGAUUCAUUAGUCGUAGUAAUAUUAUUUGAAUUAAAAAAACUUUUGUCAACUACUUAGUUGGUACAAAUUCGCGACUAGAUUCUAAUAAGUACCCGUACCACGAGUCACUGAAAGUGUCAACACUAAUGCGGGCUACACACUCGUCGAGAUAUCUCGAGACAGGUAGAGAACGAGUGUGUACGUACUGCUCCCUUCUCGUUUCUCUCUUCCUAGUCUUUUCUCGCGCUUCUCUGAUUGGACGCUCCGAGCGUUGCCGAGACUCUCAGCGAGAGGCUCUGGGCUAUAACCGCGAAAAUUGAAGUUCGCAAAUUGCGGGCAUUUUUCUCUGUCACUCUAAUUACGCCUUCAUUGGAGUAAAAGAGAAAGAUCCCCCUCAGGACGAGUGUGUACAGUCGCCAUAACAUAUACGCUAACGUCUACGUAAUUUACUUUCUAUGAUUAUAUCUUGCUCGCACUAAGAUGACAGUACUAUACUACCAAGUAGUAGCAGUAGUAAGUAGUAAACUCUUUAUUGUACAAAAAGACAUUAAAAAUAACAUAAAAUUAGUUAGAAGUACAAAGGCGUACUUAUCCAUACAGUUACAGUUUUGACACUGUCUGUAACUUGUGGAAACAAGAAUAUCAAAGAAUUUUAGGAUAUACAUAUUAUAUUUCAUUUUAUUUUUGGAUUACAAAGAACACCUGAGACGUAAGCAUGUGGUUCUAAUCAUAUACUAGGUAAAUCCAGUAAAAUAUUGUAGUUAAUAAUAACUAAGGUGUAUUUGGUUACUUUCGAAAAGAUCAAAAUUACGAGUGUUCCAAAAAAAAUAUAAAAAGAGGAAGGAAAUUGGUUUCGGAUACUAUGCUAUCGUCGGACGGUCAAGUGGUUAUACGAACGAAGGUAGUAAAACGAGUGACAUAUAUUAUUCGUAAUAAAUACGUUAUGAAAUUUAUGCUAGUACUAUAGAGGUACAUAUACGUUAAUGCAGAAUAAUUUAAUCAUAUCGAUAAGAUAUGUUAUAUAAAUUAAAACUAAGUUGUUGCAUGUGUAAUAAGGUACUUAAAUAAUACACCUUUUAGUUUCGGACCUCAGGAUUCGCUUAUCUUUAAUCCUUAUCUAACCUUAUAGGAUUCAAUAUAAAUUAGAACUAAUAAAGAAGUAUUAAUCAGUAUUUUCAUUAAUAUUUUAACAGUUUAUAAGUUUAGUAAAGGCGUGGCUCACUCUGCGAUUUCGUCGCUUUGCUACAAGUACAUCCGUUCCACACCAAUUUUGGUGGCCAGCCAUAAACCGCGCGUGGCGGCUUCGCCACCUAGCGGCCAUAUCUGUCCUGGUCGUAACAGACGCGUUUUGUUAGAGAGUGAGUUUUCUAUACCUAGUACUAUUAUUUAUUAUGUGGUAUAGGUAUUAUGUUUGUACAA